AUGCAUUUUUUCCUUGAUGCCAGAUUCAUGCUGAUGAGACUAAAAGUAGUCUUCAAUUUGCAAGCAGGGCAUUGCGGGUUACAAAUUGUGUUCACGUGAAUGAGAUACUGACUGAUGCUGCGUUGCUCAAGCGUCAAAAGAAGGAGAUUGAGGAGCUGCGAUCAAAAUUGCAGGCAUCACAUUCAGAACAUCCUGAUGAAGAAAUAUUGAAUCUUCGGAACACUUUACUGAAGAGUGAAUUGGAGCGGGAACGAAUUGCGUUAGAGUUGGAGGAGGAAAAGAAAGCUCAAGUUGAAAGGGAGAAGAGGUUACAAGAGCAAGCCAAGAAAAUUGAGAACUUGAGUUCUAUGGUGCUAUGCUCAAAUAGGGAUGAGGGUCGUGAUACCUAUAAAAAGGAUAAACGGCGGUAUACAUGCUGCCCAGGUAACGUUUCAAGGGAGGCUUUGAAGGAGUUGAACUCCGCAGUCACAGAGGAAACUUCUGUAGUCGAAGCCAAAAGGAUAGAACGUGACAUUGGACCCCUACUUCCUUUUGAAGAACUAUUAGAUGCUGACAGCAUUGGAGACUCUGUCAAGCAAGAUGACAAUUCAAGGAGUAAUCAAUUGGAAGACUGUACUCUCCCUGGCCCGCGGGCUUUGUUGCAUGUGACUAGCAGGAGAAAAGGAGCCUCUAGAAAAAAAAGCUCCUCAAUGGAAGACAAUGAAUUAUCGGAACUUCAAAGGGAGUAUGAGGAGUUGCUUUUAAAAUUUGAAUCACAUAAAAUCGCGAGUGAGGUAAAAGUUGACUAUCUAACAAGGAAGCUUUUUGAGGCUGACAUUCAUCUGGUCGAUGGUUCUGAGCAAGACGACAAUUCUUUGAUGCACUUAAAUGGAAGCAAAGCUUUGAGAGAGUCGGAAGCUAUUUUGGUGAUUAAGCAGCUGCAAGAGAAGAUCACUGUGCUGGAGAUGGAGAGAUCCUCAAGCCAACUGAAUUUGGACUCUGUUGUUGAGAUAGCAACAGAGCAAACCAUAUCUGCAAGAGAGAAGCAUGAAGAGCUUUACCAAGAACUUUUGAGUGCAAAACUUGAGGCACAAGGGGCUCAUGAACAACUUGCUUCAAUGCAAUCUGCAGUACUUCUUGUUGAGGAUAACAUGAACUCUGAAAUUGAGCUGCUGAGAGAGGUUCAAGAUAUGAUGUCAGAAUUUGAAAAUUCACGAACCUUAAUUGAUUCACUCAUUCCUGUGGUAGAGGAACUUGUCCUGUCUUUCUCUGCCAUAUCCAAACUAGUCCUUGAUUUGAAGUCUUCAGCACUUGACAGUUCCAACCAAAUAAGAUCCAUAAUUAGAAACCAUGAGAAACUACAAUCUUUCUUGAGGCAAAAGAUUAAUGUAGUUGAGGAUGAAAAGAUUCUACUGGAUAAUCAGUCUCUGGAUCUGCAUAAUCAGAUAGAAGAACUGAAAAGAGCUAUUGAAGAUUCUGGAAAUGCAUUAACAGAAAUCUCUGAAAAAUGUGAAGCAGAAAAAUCUGAACACCUUUCUCAAAUUCAAAGUCUUCAAAAGGAACUGUCAUGCUUAUCUUCCAGUUCCUUAGUCAGAGAGAAGGAAAGCAUUAGAAAAGAUUUGGAGAAAACAAAAGCAAAGUUGAGAGACACAGAAUCCAAACUUAGGAAUGCCAUCCAGGAGAAGACAAAACUUGAGGGUGAAAGAGCUUGUGCUGAGAGGGAAAUUAAACGCUUGAAUGGACAGAGGGCUAUUCUUGAGCGUGACAUCAAUAAACGAGACUCGAUCAUUGGAAGAAGGCGUGAUUCAGUUGUUGAUAGGAGCUCUAAUGUGUUUGACUCCAAAAGAGCGAAGAAUUCCUCUGUUUGUGUUGAACAUGCUGUGCAGGAGGAGUACAGGAAGCUGGAAGUGCUGGCAUUUGAGAUGGAGACAACUAUUGCUUCUUUGGAAGAGGAAUUAACAAUUUCUCAUGCGGAAAAAGAAGAAGCCAUUUCUAGAGCAGAAAAUUUGGCAUGUGAAUUGCAGGCUUUAUCUGACGAGUUGAAUAUGUCAAAUACCGAACUAAAUAUGCUGAAGGAAGAGGUGUCAUCCCUUAGAUUAUGUUCGGAAGAAUCUGAAUCACGAUGUCAGAGAUUGGAAACUUCUGUCAACUUUUUGGUAGAAGAAAAAGAAGAUUUAGCUAUGCAACUAACUGAUGCCCUUUUGGCAAUGGAGGAGGAAAAGGCCAUAUGGUUUGCAAGGGAGAAAGCUACAGUUGAAGCAAUCAAUGAAAAAGCAAAAUCUUAUAGUGCUGAAAUCGCCACUCUAUCACAGAAAAUGACAGAGGUGAAGAAUGAACUUGAGAGUUGUAGAAUGCAGUGCAAGCUCCUUGAGGAGAGAUUGGUCGUCUCAGAAAAUAAUGUGCUGUUGGAGAGAAGUUUCAGUGAAGAGAAAUUACUAGAGAUCGAUCAACUUAGACUUGGCCUGAGAGUUGCUGAGGAACAAUGUAAAAGAUCUCAAGAGCAUCGGCUUUACCACUCUGUCAGAAGUACUCCCUCCAAGAAAUUAAUGAAUAAAGAAAUGAUACAUAGUGGUAUACAACAGCUGGAGCCAAGUUAUACUGGAACAGAAUUUUUGCCUCGAGCUUGCUAA